AGCCCAGUUCUGUGUACUUGAACUCUUGAAGCAUCCCGACCUUCUUCGUUUCUUCGUCGUUCUUCUUUUUCUUCUUUGAGGGAGAGAGAGAGAGAAUAAAACCCUAAUUCAUUGCUUUUCUUCUGUUUGCUACAACCAGAGGCUCAAUUUCUCUACACGGGCAAUGAACAUUUGAUGCUUCCGAGUCUUGGUUGAAGUUUCACUAGCUUUCUUUGCUAUCAUGGAUCCUUAUGGUUCUAUUGAUGACAAGUGUGAAAAUAGACUCUAUAUUGGUAACCUUGAUCUCAGAAUUACAGAAGCUGCUCUGCUUAAAUUGUUCUCUCCUUAUGGAAAGAUCGUUUCUGAGGACUUCUUAUAUCACACUCGUGGCCCAAAACGCGGGGAACCGCGCGGUUUUGCUUUUAUCCAGUAUAGCACGAAAGAGGAAGCAGAAUUGGCCAAGGAGAAAAUGCAUGGAAGGUUCGCUUGCGGCCGGCCAUUGGUUGUUCGUCUUGCUAGCGAGAAGUACAUGUUGGAAACAGCUGAUAUGUCUUCCAAAGUAGCAGGUGGAGGGCACAAGGUGCAUCUCACCGGUGGCGGUGUGGGACAGACGACAAGUCGUACUGCAAAAAUAGCUGCAAUAAAGAAUAAAUUGAAAUCCUUAGAGGAGGAGAGUUCUGGGACCAAGAAACAGAAGCAAACUUGACAAUAUUUCUUGAGUCAAUUGUAUAAUCUGUAGAGCAGUGACGUAUAAAUAAAAAUGUGGAGCAGUUGUGUAUUAAAUUGGAAUUCAUGUAUUUGAUCCAGCUUGGUUUUUUCAAUUCAUGCCUGAAGCUAGAAUUUUAACUGCAUGAAA